AUGUCCCUCUUUGGCUCUGCUGCUCCGGCAGCCACAACAGCCGGCCAAACCAACACUACCGGUGAUAUCUCGAAGGAUGUCACGGUCAGCCAGCCUCCUGAGGACAGUAUCUCUGAUCUUCGAUUCUCGCCUACCUCAGACCAUCUCGCUGUCGCAUCAUGGGACAACAAAGUCCGCAUCUAUGAAAUUGGCGGCAACGGCCAAAGUGAAGGAAAGGCAAUGUUGAACAUGGAUGGCCCUGUCAUGAAUUGCUGCUGGUCUCCGGAUGGAUCCAAGGUCGUCGGCGUAGGUGCUGACAACAUGGCCAAAAUGCUCGACCUCGGAGCUGGUAGCACUACCCCAGUACCAGUCGCCAAACACGAUGCCCCCAUUCGAGCCUGCCAUAUGUUCCCCAAUCCAUCCGUAGGAGGUUCACCACUCCUGGUAACUGGCUCAUGGGACAAGACCGUCAAAUACUGGGAUCUGCGACAACAGAACCCCAUCGCCAAUAUCGAUUGUCAGGAACGUGUAUACACAAUGGAUGUCAAGAACAAGCUCCUAGUCAUCGGCACGGCUGACCGUUACAUCAACAUCGUGAACCUCGACAACCCUACCAAAUUCUACAAGACCAUGCAAUCCCCCCUCAAGUGGCAGACGCGGGUAGUCAGCUGCUUCGCCGAUGCCACCGGAUUCGCAGUGGGUAGUAUCGAAGGCCGUUGCGCCAUCCAGUACGUCGAAGAAAAGGAUUCUGCCUCCAAUUUCUCCUUCAAGUGUCACCGUGAGAACCCUACAAAUCGCGACCUCUGCAACAUCUACUCGGUCAACUCUAUCUGUUUCCACCCCGUGCAUGGCACCUUCAGCACCGCCGGAAGCGAUGGUACUUUCCACUUCUGGGACAAGGACGCCAAGCACCGCCUCAAGGGCUACCCAAUGGUUGGAGGCCCGAUCUCCAGCACUGCCUUCAACCGCGACGGUAGUAUCUUUGCUUACUCCAUCAGCUAUGACUGGAGUAAGGGCUACGCUUCCAAUACCCAGGGCGCCCAGAAUAAGAUCAUGCUUCAUCCUGUGGGCCCAGAUGAGACUAAGCCUCGACCGCCCACUCGGAAGCGAUAG